GAAAUUUAAAAUAUUAAUAUGAUUUGUAUUCUGUUUAACUGUUUUAAUAUUUCUCGUCUUAUGUUCCGUUGAAAUAUCCAAAUUACAUUCAAAAAGUGACUAAUCUCCACACAUAAAACCAAAGGUAUUUUAGUUGUAUUAUUGAUAUUCAAGAGCACAGGAUUGUUUUUCAGUGUUGGCAGACACACAGUCUAAGAUCACAUACCUUCGAGUAUCUACUCAUUAUAGCUUCUAACUUAUCUCUUGGCACUGCUUUUUAUCUUGAUUUAUUUGAUAAUAAAAUGUAUUUUUAUUUAGACUACCUUUUGCCCACAAGUGUUGAUUUGCCUAAAAGUUUUCAUGGUGAAAUUGCGAAACUCCAGCCUCCUCUCAUGUGAUAUCUUCCUAAAUGGCGGAGUCGUCAGAGCGAGUCCUGAACGAGGAGACAUGGCCGCAGGAAGCGGAAGCCGCCAUCAACGACAUCCGGAAACACGUGAAGAAGGCGAGCAUAUCCGCCGCCUUGCCCAACACCAACCAGCACAUCUACAUCAACCUCACCACGCUGGAGAACACCGACUACUGCAUACAAAUGUCGGCCAGCGGCUUCAAGGUCGUCGGCAAAAACCACGACGAUACAAGCCAGUCGAGCGCAGAGCAUACAAACUAUGAAACUCCGUAUGCCCUCCUGAAUAACAUUAGCCAGGGAUACCGGGAGUCUUUUGGCGGUGAGUUGAUGAAUAAGUUGCUGGAUCUCGCCAAGCAGUGUGAAAGCUAAACUGGCAGUAAGGUAUGGUCGUAGGACGGCGUCGCACUAGCAAGCAGGGUUAUUUUGUUUACUGAAAGUAUUAGCUGGGCCCUUUUAGUCGCACCGUAGUAAGAAGUUGUUAGGAUUUGUGCCACGAUAUUUUUUAUUAAAUAAUAUUAAAUAUGGUAGUAUCUGGGCUGUGGCGUGUGGCUAACUUGCAAGCUUAGAACCGCUAGGAGCCUUCCCGCGUUUUCGCUAAACACAUGCUCGCACGUCUAGUUACGCUCGGCAUACUAGGUAUUUGGAAAUCUGUUAAGCAAGGAUUUACCCGAUGGUACUUAUAUUAAAUAAGAUGUGAGUUUGUAGAACUUUUGUCAUAAUUUUCCUGGAGCCCAGAAAUAGCCUCGCGCAAGGGACCGCUGCUAACUGAAAUAUACACUAGUAACUUUCAAAAUAUUUUUUUUAAAUGAGUACAAAAGUAAUUAUAUAACUGAAUAGGUAAUUAAAACAAUACCUAGUUUCUUUUUCUUAUAUUUAAAACAUGUGCGACGUCUGGAAAUACAUAUUAUAGUACCUACAUGUAUAUGUGGACACAGGGCUUAGCUUUAUGUAUUAGAAUGUAACUAUCAGUAUUUAAAAGUGCUAUAACACAUUUAAAUGUAUCCUACCAAUGUUGAUGUUUGUAUGUAUUUGGUGUUUAUUGCAAUAUACUUUCGAUAAAUCUAUCCUAUUUAUACACUGUGUAUUUCUAAGUACAAAAUGUAUCGAUUUACUAUAAUUCAAGAUUCGACAAUGCUCAGCUCUACUUUCUCAUAAUAUAAAUGACAC